GGGGAAGGAGGGGGUGGAAACUAGUUCCCUUGUUGGGGGUCUGGGUUCCAGAAAAAUAUGUGGCUGACAGGCUGGCAGUCACAGGUUAAGUCACAGGUAGGGAAGUAAUCGUUGGAGAUGGAGGAAGAAAAAGGUCAAAAGAGACCCUUAGAAGAAGACGAAAGCUGUUUGCUUUCAUUAGCUGAUGAACUGAUUGAUAUGGUGUUGUCUUAUCCUGUUAUUGAUCACCAAGAUUUGUGUCGCUGUGCCCAAGUUUGUAGAAGGUUGCAUCGAAUUGCAAUGGGAAAUGAAGUGUGGAAAAAGAAAUCACUUUUGAGGUAAAGGACAUAUUUCGACCCUAUCUGCCUUGAAAAUUUGGUAAUUUCCGGUUAAAUCUAGAUUUUGUGUGUGUUUUUUAGCCUAUUCCUUUCUUACGACCCAAACAGAGAGACAAUCUAAACGUAUGUUAAUAAUCCAAAGUGUGACUGAUCAUGGGUGUUUAUUUUCUUGUAAGCUUGCAAAAUGGGGUAUAUCCACUUCAUACCUUACCCCCACCAUCUCCUGUUGAUGAGAUGAGGGGUAGUUGUAUCAACAGUACUCUAUCUCUUGAAUAUUUCCAAUAAAAUUUGUUUUUCCCAGUGGGAAAAGUAAAAGUAGAUGACAGACGUUGGAACGUUUUGACAAUUUGGGUAGAAGUUUGAGGGUAGGUGUGUGUGUUUACCUUUUGAGAAAAAACUAUAUCUGAUUCCAAGCGAAGCAAGGCGUUAAGCGCCUUGCGAAAGCAAAUUUAUAAUUUUGUUGCACGCGAAGCACGUGGAACGCGCGAGGAUCGUAAGCACUUAGUGCAAUUUGGCUUUGGUCAUAAAUCUUCCUAUCGGUUUGGUAUCCGCAGUUCCCUAGCAAUGGCGUCCCAAUUGACAUCAGCAGUGUGACGUCAUCGUAAGUAGAGUGUGAUUUGGCUUUGUUCAUAAAUCUUUCUAUCAGUUUGGUAUCCGCAGUCGCCUAGCAACAAAGUCACGAAGAGUCCCAAUUGGUGUCACCAGGGUUUCCAGGCAACAGUUCCACGGGUUAGAACUGGUUCGAUGACAAACACCGUGAUUAUGGUCAGUGAAAAAAUGUUUGCAAUUGGUGAAAUAUCACGACCACCCAAGCUAUAAACAAAAGAGAAGAGCAAAUGCAAUAAUAAUAAUAGAUCCAAGUCUGCAAAGUUUCAGCAAAAACAUCGCCCUUGAAUAAACACAGCAAUGAAAAUGCUAAAAAUUUAAGACAGUACUCCCUAUGAUGGCCUAUACGGGGAGGCUCUGCUAGGCUUAAGGUAUAUGAAAGGGUAGGGAUUUCACUAGUUGAAGUAUAUAGAAGGGUAGGGAAAUCUGUCAUUUGGGUCUGUGAAAGAGCCCAAAAAUACUAAGAAUUGAAUUUUAUGGCUUUAUAAAGUCGAGAAAAGGUUCUAUUUUUGUGAUUGAUUCCUAUUUAAAAGACAGUGCAUUUACAGCAGUUAAAAGGGAUGCAAAGUUCUAAACAGAUUAUGUGAAGGGGGUACCAUUUGUUAAUAGAAGGUAUACAAAAGGGGUACCUUUUUCGUUAAAAAUGGGUGAGGGGUUGGAUCUUGUGGUGGAGCCUCUCAGUAUAAACAUUUGUUGAGUACCCCUUCCCCUGGGGAUCCCUCACUAUGAUUAACUUUUAUUCAUAAAUUGAACACAUUGAUUCUCAAUUUUCUCUUCUUGGGGUAUAUAACAAAUCACUUUAUGACUGGUUCCUCUGGAACUAGUUAAAUUUUUUCACCGGGACUAAUGUUAGAGAUUCAUUUACUUCUAAACUACUUCAGUGAUAUUCAUAGUAAUCAAAUUAUGUGUCUUGAAGACAAAGUGUAUCUUAUUAAGAAUCAAACUAAUGUAUUUCUUUUUAUCUCCACAUUGUGUAACUUUCAGAUGGAAUUUUUGGAAGAAUGUGCCAGGUGAAAAUUGGUCAACAACAUACAGAGACAGAUUUCUUAUGGAGCAAAAAAUUCACCAUACUUUGCAGACUAUAUCUAGAAAGUAUUAUACUAAAGUAGAUGUCUACAAGAAAGACCUUAAAAGAUUUGUGGACUUAGCAAAGGAGAGUCCUUGGCAGUCUUGUCAUAUCGGUGAUUCCUUGCAUGAACUGUUACAAGGAGAUGUCUGGUAAGAAAUAAGUGUACAGUUGAACCUCCGCUAACAGCAACCUCUCUACAAUGGCCACUUUUUUUCGUCCUGGCAGACAAGAAAUCCAUACUUAAUGAUUCUUGUUUAAAUCCUCUCUACAACGGCCACCUCUUGACAAUGGCCACUUUCUUCUGUCCCCAAGGUGGCCAUUGAAGAGAGGUUCAACUGUAUAACUGAAACUUGUCAGUCUUGUCUUUGGGUUUCCAACAUUAAAUCAAUAAUGUCCCAACAAUGAUCAGUAUCAAAUCUGUUUGCAUUCAAAGGGCCACAGUUAAGUUAUUAGAGACGGGUCUUUAGAAGGAAGUUAGUAUGUGAUUACCCCAAGGGAAUGCAUUAUUUAAUAUUAAAAUAUUGUCCCACUAACCCAGUGACAAAUGUAUGGUGUAAAGAGAGGAGGAUUUACUAAUAAGUGUUUGUUUCAAUAAAGCAGACUAACAAAGUGAUUGUAAACAAGCAUGAUUUAUUCUCUUUACAGAGACAGACUCGGGAAUUUUUCUUGGGGGUUCCAAACUUGUGUGCUGUUGAAACCAUAUUCUAACCAUCCAAUACCUGCCAACUUUUUCUGACUCAAAUGCAUGAGAUUUUCGUCCUGUAAUGAUGUAGUUUCCAAAAAUUGCCUAGUGACUUCCUAAGAUUUUCUGAUGACUUCCAAACAUUGCUGAAAAUGUCUGCAGAUAUUCUAACCACCUUUGAGUGCUUUCAAAGAUAUUUCAAAGGAAAGGCCACAAGUUUAGCAUGUUGUGAUACAGUUAGGAGAUAAAGUCAUCAUUAAGGACCUAUUUGGAAUAUUUUCCGGGGAAAUUGAAAGUAAUUUUCAUUUAAAUCAUGUGUUAAAGUAAAAAAAAAAAAAAUCAUGUCCAGAUUUGUGAGUCAGGCAUGAGAAAUUGUCCUUGAUGCGAGAGAUCAAUGUAGUCUGUAGGUGUGAGACUCAGGUAUAAUUAUGUGUGAGGGUGGCAGGCGUACCAUCCCCUUAAGUUAACACUUAACAGUAAUGAGAAAAAUAUUUUGAUAUUUUUUUAUAACCCUUUCUCAGGUUAGAGCUGGGGCAAACCUCUAGGUCACUCAGAAUAUCAAGAAGGAUCCGCAAAUGCAAUAAUAAUUUGCUUCUCAUCAGUGGCACACAUAGUUUCCGAUCAGUAAAUAUUAAUUAUUUUUGUCUGCAGCAAAGUAAAUUUGACCUACAGAUAUUAUGCAAGGAAAGUGAACUCCUAUCUCAAAAUUGACCAACUUAAGGAUGAAUGGGAACAAUUUCUAGCAUUACCUGAUGAACAACAACCACUGGAAAAAGGUAAAAAUACAAAGAGUGGUAACAAUCUACUUGAUUGUUAUAACCUUUUAAAGCUGUAACAGUCAAUAAAGGAGUUAUGAAAUGUAGUUAUUAAUUAAGUUAGGUUUUGUGGAUGGACUACCGGGGCACAAACAAUCAAAUUAAACCUCUCCAGCAUCAGUUUUACACAAAUUUUGUGUUUUCACAAGUUGUGAAUUAAAUAAUUUUGGAAAUUCUGACUUUUGGCUUUUAAGGGAAUGAGGUGAUUAUAACUGUAUUGAAUUGAGAAUGAAAAAGUUUUCCAGCCACGCUGCAACAAACUACUGUGCAAAAAUCACUGAAUGACAAAAAAAUAAUUUUGAUUAAUUGUUUCAUUUGCUCCGUUAGCUACACCAUUUUUCUAAAAGAAAAUUGGAAAAUAAUGGAGCUGUCAAAUAUAUAUUUUAUUAAUUUAAAGAAAAGUAGCUUUUUCAGUCUGUCCAAGCACAAAAGUAUGGUGCCAGACAGAGGGUCAAUUGUCACUGUGGUAUCUAUUCACUUCAUUCCAUCGUCAGAUUGUUCCAAGCCAGAUUAUGGUACUCAAUAGUCAGAUUGUCACAGAAUAUGGUCAGAACUUUUCACAAGUCUUUAGGCCACAAGCAGAAACAAGGGCAUUUCUUGUGUGUAUUCUUUAGAAGCCAAAAAAGGGCACUUCACCUUGAGUUUUACACGGAAACUGUGGAGCAAUCUAACUAUAAAGUGGAACGAUCUGGCUUGGAAUGAUCUGACUAUGGGACGAAACAACAGUAAACCAUCAAUGCUACUGAACUGUCCUGACAGCAGAGAGAAAGCCCCACCCUCCUCCAUUUCAGCAGCACUGACAGGUUGAUGAACCUACAAUAAUAUUUUAAUAUUUUUUAAAUCUGUAAAAGGUUUGAACCCAUGAGUCAUAAUUUUCAUGAGUGUGGUCCUGAAUAGGACUGUUGUUGACAGUGACUGACAUUUUGACAAUCUGCGCAGUAGUCAUCUUCAGAGUCAAAGUGAGUUGUAUCAUGUCAGUUGAUGGUAUUAUUAGACUUAUUACAUCAUGACUUAAUUAACCAAUCACAUCAAUAACCAGGGUUAAUACCAUCACUUGACCUGAUACAACUCACUUUGACUCUCAAGAUGAUUACCGCACAGGUUGUUGAAACAUCAGUCACUGUCAACAGCAGUCCCAUUCAUGACUACUCUCACUGGGAAGAUCAUGUUCCAGCUAAACUUUCUUAGCAGCUCUUCUCUUUGUUAUAGGUGCCAUGUUAAUUGCAAGAUGGAUACUUGAUGAGGAGGAAAUUGAUGAAAACAGCACUUUUGCUGAACUUGACGAGAUAGCAAAGAUGGUGCAGGAUAGUCUUGGGGGAAAUCUUACCAGGGGAGAGACUGUUUUGACAACCGCUCCAGAAGAAAGGAUGUCUAUAAGCACUGAAGAGUCAGCUCCAGCAGUUACACACCCUGCUGCAUGUUUGAGAAUAAUAGACUGUCUUAAGCAAGUAUUAUACCAACAGCUGCAGUUUAAAGGAAAUGUUAACGAUUACUAUAAAAAGGAAAACUCAAUGCUACAUCAGGUAUAUAUGGUCUUACGUUUUAAAUGAAUUUUUGACUCCCAGUCUAGUCAAAAUCAGCCGGCAGCCAACAUUUUGGCCACUUCCAGGGAAAUAUUUGCCACCUUCUCAUCACUGAAAAAAUACUCACAUUUUGGCCUUUGCCACCUGCUACUCUUGGUAUGGAGCAUUUUCACUUAUGUGGGCAGCAUCUAUGCAGUAAAAGAAAACGUUCAAAUAAGAAUAUAGUGCAUGCAACCCCCUUGGGACUGUUUUGCAAACUAACAUGGCAGGUAUUUCAUUGUUUUAAUUGGGACAUCAUUAUGGCUGCCGUGAUGUCAUGUGAAAACACUCCAUCCUGCUUGCUGUUGUAAAACGUUUUGCCUGGGUUGUGUCUUUGUAAUGGAACAACUCUCUGUAUAACAAAAAACAUGCAGCUCUACCCAAUUCCAAUAAUUGGUUGCUUUUGUGUAAUUCAGGUUUUGUCUUAGUAGGUUAAGAUGGACAGCGAAAUAAAACCAGCCUUUCUCUAGGAAAAAAGGUGGUCCUUUGAAUAUAGCUGUCUCUCCAGAAAGGCCUCUUGCAGUGAGUAAUUAGAGGCGGCUGUACUUGCAGGUUACAUAUAUCCCCAAUGUUAAAUUAUUUUCCUGUAUAUUAUCAACCACAUACUCUCAUUAUUAUCCUUAAUCAUUAUUUUGUGAUGAUUAAGCUUCCAUCAGCUCCCUUUAUCAGUAUUCCAUUUAGUGUGAUAACAAAUUUCUCAACAUUUAGUUAACAUAAUUUUUCCAUUUAUCAAGGUGUUAAAGAAUCGCACAGGCAACCCAAUCACGCUGUCAGUCCUAUUUGCUGGAGUAGCGAGACGACUUGGAGUUAAAUUAGAGCCUGUGAGUUUUGAAAAGUUUUCAGUAGCAGUAACUUUGUUUGCAUUUUUACUUGAGUAAGUAGCACCCUCAAAUGCUGUUAUAAUUAUUCAUCUAUAGAAAGAGGUUGAACUCUUAUGGCAAUUAUUGCCACAGCUGUAUCCUGUUUCUAAGUUUCCUGAAUAUCAAGCAAAUAAAUGAGCAUAAAUGCAAACUGACUUAAAUAAAUACUUCACAAGUUUUCAGAAAAAUUGUUCAAUAUGUCCUUCAAUAACUCAAUAUAAAGAGAAUACCCUCCAUUGCAACACUGCUAAUCAACAGUUCUUCUUCUCCUUCUUAUUUUUAAAUUGUAGGUAAAUUUUCCCAGCCACUUUUUGCUACGAUGGAGAACAAACUUGGACCCAGAGUAUGUGACAUGAACGUUUACAGUAUCACUUAAUCCCAUAUCAGAGUCAUUUCCUUGAAUAAUAAUUUUAAAACUGCCACUGGAACUGCUUAGAACUUCUCUUGGCUUGGGAGAUUUGAUAGGUGAUGAAUUAACAUUUAUGCCUUAUAGGUGUCAUUUAAUAAGCAGCUAGAGGUGAUUUGUUAAAGUUUAAAACACAAGGUACAGCAGAGUGUCUUAGAGAUGAUAAAACACAAGCUGUUAGUUUAGUGAAUGAUCUAAAUUUUUUCUCUUUAUCUGUCCAUUCCUCCAGUCAUUCUUCCAAUACUCUUUGGACUGUUGAGAAAAUUGGGCUAAACCUUAGAUGUAUUUUAUCACAUUUGAAAAAAUGAAACUUCUUCAGGAAUUAUUAAUGUACUAUUUUUUUUUACAGUUAUGUUUAGGGUCUAACUCUUUGUAGCUUUUAUUGUCUUGGGUAUAUGAGCUGGCACGACAAUGAACCUUCCAUCCAGUGAUAAUAAAUCAUUAACAUAAAAUUCUUAUUUAGGGACCGACCAUUAGAAAACUUAUGGGGGGGGGGGGGCAGUGAAAAACCCAACAAAAAAUUGAUGCAAGGAAAAAUAUAUGAAAAAAAACUAAAUCAAGCCUAUUAAAACAACCAAAAAUUUAACGCUAUGCCAAAAAAAAAAUUAAGAACAGAAUAUUAUAUUUUGUUUUAAGUUUUUUUUUUAGGUUUAACUUUGUUUAUAUUUUUGUUGUUUGGGGAUAUAAAGGAGCAAGAAAAAAAACCUUCCAACCAGUAAAAAAAAAAAAAUAACAAAAAAAUUUUAAUUAAGGACGGACCAAUAAAAAAAGUAUGGGGGGGGGGGGGUGGCGAAGUACCAAAAAAAAAUUCGCGCGAGGUAAAAUUAAAUGAAAAAAAACUCAUGCACGCCAAUUAAUCCUGAAAAAUAUUCACGCUAUGGCCUAAAAAAAAUUCAUGCAAGAAAUUUGAUAACGAAAAAAAUUCCUGCGGUUCGAAAAUUCCCCUCCCCCCCAUAACUUUUCUAAUGGUCCGUCCCUUAGAUAACUUCAUUGGGUAAUGCACAAAAAUGAAAUAAGUUUGGAAUUUUUGAUGAAAUAUCUUCAUUGACUUUUCACUUCUGGGAGUGAAAUAGCCUGUGUAGACUCGCCCCUUCCUUCCUCCCCUGUACACAGGGUAGGAGUGAAAGAGUUGAUAACAGUUUCUUUUUUUUGAAAGGGCAGAUCAGUCCACGGCGUAUAAGUACAUAGACUGCUUUAAUGGAGGAAGACUUCUCUCAGAAGGACAGUGUAUUGACUUGAUUUUACCACCCUCUCUGGAUAAUUCCUCCUUACGAAAAAGCGCUUUUAUCAAAGCCACGCCCAAACAGGUAAUAAACACAUUAACAAUAGAAAUUUUAACUCAACUCCUUCUCCAGUGUUUGAGGCUAAAAACUGUUCCUUGUCGUAGCAGUUGAAAGUAACGGACAAGAUUAUAACAGCAACCAAUUUGAAAAAAGCUGUGGUUACACGCAAAAGAAGAUCCCGCUGUAGCCAUAAGACAGUCAAACCUGGCGACAGUGCUUGCUCUAACAGAAGGAUAUCGUACCAAUCAAACAUACAGUAGCUGCACUGUGAGAGUUUCUUCUGUCACAGUUAAACACAUGACAAGGCGUGCUAUAACGGUGUCUAACGCAACAAUCAAACACUACAUAACAGAGUGCCUUUAUAACAGUAGAUAAGGUAUCAUUCAGGCACAGACCAGAGCGCGCUAUAAGACUGUCUAACGUAACAAUCAAACAUCAAACAGAGAGCGCUGCACAAGUGUCUAACCUAACAAUCAAACAUCGAACAGAAGGCGCUGUAAGAGUGUCUAAGGUAACAAUCAAACAUCGAACAGAGCGCGCUAUAAGAUUGUCUAACGUAACAGUCAAACAUCGAACAGAGCGCGCUAUAAGAUUAUCUUACGUAACAGUUUAACAUAGAACAGAGCGCGCUGUAAGAGUAUCUAACAUCGAACAGAGCGCGCUGUGAAAGUGUCUAACAUCGAACAGAGCGCGCUGUGAAAGUGUCUAACGUAACAGUAAAAUAUCGAACAGAGCGGACUAUAAGUGAGUGUCUACCAUAACAAUAGCCUGAGUAGCAGGCGUUCGAAAGGGAAGGGGAAGCGGAAUUAAGGCGCGAGGGAGGAGGGAGGAGGGAGGAGGGGAGGGGUUCCUUUUCUUUCUCCCUCGCGCGCCCAAAUUCCCCCUUCCCCUUUUAACGCCUGCCACGCAGGCAGGCGUAGGAGUAUAGUGCCCUAAAGGGUGUCUAACGUCACAACUAAAAAUAGAUCACAGCGCGCCAUAAGAGUGUCUAACGUAAUAAUCAAAUACAAAACGGAGCGCGCCAUGAAAGCUUCUAGCGUAACAAUCAAACAAUAAGACAUAGAGCGCUAUCAGUGUCUAACAUAACAAACAUACAAUAUAGCGCGCCAUAAAAAUGUCUCUAAAGUAACAACCAAGCAACAGCGAAGCGUGCUGUAAGAGCGUUUAACGUAACAGCUGAACGUAACAAUCAAACGCACAAUGGAGCGCGCUAUAAGACUGUCUAACCUAACAACCAAACACAAAACGGAGUGUGCUAUAGGAGAUUCCAACAUAACAAUCAAACAUAUAACAGAGCGCGUUAUGAAAGUGUCUAACGUAACAAUCAAAAACGCAUAACGGAGUGCGUUAUAUAAGUGUCUAAAGGUAAUAAUCAAACAUGCAACAUAGCGCGCGAUAUGAGUGUCUAACGUAACAACCACGAACGAAUAAACUGCGCCACAAGAGUUUCGAACGUAAUAAUCGAACACAGAGCGAGGCGCUUAAUACAAGAGUAAUUUAUGAAACAAAAAAAUAGAUUUGAGCUGGCAAUAACGGCGUCCAACAAAUCAAACGCAGAUCAGAGGGCGCUAUGUUUGUUGUGUAACGUAAUAAUCAAACACAGAACGGAGCGCGCUCUAAGAGUGUUUAACAUAAUUAUCGAAGAACGAGCAAAGUGUCUUACCGAAAAAUCAAAGAGAGAAGGAUGGGAAGCUUAAUUAUUUUAACACACGUUCUAUAGCGCGUGUCGCCUUUUCUCUUGGGGUGAUUUUAACGCGCGCUCGCGUUUCGCUCGCUCUACUAUCCCUGAGGAAAAAUAUGGACUACUCGUAGUCUACACGUUCUAUUGGCGCUCACGGAAUGGAAGUAAGCCAUUGUUAUUUUUUGAUUUAUUGUUUUUUCCAGGUAUUUAUUCGCAUGGUGGCUAAUAUCGUCAAUAGCUACAGAGCAGGAGAUCCACAAGACAAUGGGUGAGAGCUUAUAACGCUGAGUCAUUAUCAAGAUACACAACUGAGCCACAAGGAGACACCAUAGAUCACAAUAACAGCUAUCAGGGCUGCACUUUGCUUUGAGAAUUUCCACUUUUCAGAAGCCAAACGUUUGUUAUUGUGAAACUCACAAAACUUUGAACACUAGAAAUAUUUAUGGAAUGUUCUUGUGUUGCGAGAAAUCAGUCAGUAUACAAUCAACAUUCCUGAAAUUUUUCAUGUGUUCACGGUUUUCUGAGUUUGACAGUAAAGGGUAACAGACUGACAACGGAAAAUUUGUUUUUGUGUGAAAUCAACUCUUGGGAAAAAUAUUUCUUAAGUUUAAUUGGAGUUAGUUUAAGUCUGUAUUUACCUCUUCAGUCAGGAGAAUACCAAACCUGAAAAUUGUAGAAAAAAUUGAAGAUAUAGUUUUCGCCCCAAGUAAGGUAAAUCGCAUUCCUGAAUCCCGGAAAGCUUUGCUCGUGGAUUCCGGAAUCCCGGGCUUUGGAAUCCGGAAUCUAGCUCAAGGAAUCCGGAAUCCAGCUAAGGAUUCAGUAGAAUCCAGUAUCUAAGUUCGACUGACAAGAAAUCCAAAAUCCAGUACCUGGAAUCCGGAAUCACAUCGUCACAAGGAAAAAUACUGUCAUAAAGGUUAUAUUUUACUUUUCCCUGCUUAAGAUUUCGUUUAGUGAGUUACAAAUGGGAAAAAACAUUAGUGAAUCUGCGACGAGAAGGAAUAACAAGCAAUACAAUUUGUUCUCUAAUCACUCUGCAGUGAAACGAGAACAAAUAAUUUUCACUCUAGAAACCAUGAAACGCAGACAAGAAUCAGGAAUAGGCAUCUCGUUUAUUGAUAGCUAGAACACGGGCAAAAUACAUGAAUAAACAUACUACAAACUACAGCUAACGAAGACGUAAGCUAACAAUAAUGUCAAUAAUGUACAAUCUGGUAAUAACCUUUCUGAAAGAUUAAAUAUAAUAACAAAAAAAGAUAACAAAUACAAGAAAAUUUGCAGAACGGUAGCGAGAGAUGCCGUCAAGUGACCUUGAAUCUGCAAAGAACACCUUAUAUACCUGAUAACAAAUAAUCACGCACAUUGUCAAAAAUAACUCACGCGACAAAUACCAACACAUCCGUAUGCAAAGCACUGAAGCAACGUGCAUUCCUUAACGCGAGAAAAUACAUUAUUUGUACGUUUUUGUAAGGUUGAAGGGUCUGCAUUCCUCAUUAAAUCUUGCACUUCUUCUGGACCCCUCUGAUGAAAGUAGCAGAUUACUUGUGGCAAGAAUACAGCUACAUUUGGGAGUUGACUUGGACGAGGUACUGAAAGCGGAAAUGAUUAUUUCGUAUUUUUGAAUUUAAUACAGUAUCUAGUAGUUCAUGUGAAUAUUGUAUCGCCUAGACAGGCUCAAACAGACUGUAAUAUAUUGAACUUAGUUUGAGUAAAUCCCUUUUCAAGAAGACAUGACCAACAGAAAUCCAGUUUUUCUUCCCGUAUUUUUUGGCCAGUACUAGAAAGAGUAGCUUAGGUUUCUGGUGGAUAUUUUACCCUUACAAGCUCAAAAAAAUUACUUGACUCGCCCUUAGCUUCCGAGUGACUUGACUACUAAAGCAUUAAGUGUCAUGUAUUCAGGUUCAUAUAGGCUGAGUUUUUAGUUAGUCCCUAAUCCUGAUUAUAAACAAAAAGAUAUAUUUUCAUAGGCAAUUGCCAGCUUGGAGAGUUUUCAAAGGGGCGGAAGUACCACAGCCAGGGAUCUGCUUGAACGAGCCAAGCAAAAGAAAGCUGAACAGGAUCAAGCAGAUGAUACUCCACAGCCUGUAUGUGUGUAUUCCAAUACAUUUUUUUUCGAGUCAUUUUCAGUUUGCCUCUCCAGAUUUAUGGUAGUCAGUGCGAUGAGCGCGCAAUAUGGGGGUUACCCUGCCUGUGGAGGGAAGGGGUGUGAAAGAAAUGCAAAUGUCCUUUUCUUGCGUUUCUAUCUACCCCCGUGCGUGGCAGCAGCAAAGGGGGAGGGAUAGAAAAGAAAUUUAAACGACCUGUUCUAAUGUUCUCAUAUUGCCAUCUACACCCACUACGCAGGAUACCUGGGGCUUAUUGAUUUGAUUUUUGGGACGUCUAUCGCUCCUUCUUCGUCUUGGUAUAGCUUGGACGUUUUUACACAAUGCAUACAUGAGCUAACCACGAGUCUUCUAGAAUUUUGUUCGCUGGUUGCUAAUUUCGUAGCUCUGUCACAAUCCCGCUUUAUGAAAGAGCUCUCUUCAACCGAGUACUGAUCGUGUAUCUUGCCCGUGAGCCUAGGUCGGUGUUGUGACAAACUUCACAAUGGGACUGUUUUAGGGUGGUUAUCGCUUCUCAUUUGUUUUGUAUUUUUGUCUAAGUUUUCAUUGAUUUUUCAUUUUCAUUCAUUCAUUUUCAUUUGAUUUUUUCUUGUUUUGCUGGAAAUUUGCAUGUAAGCCGCGCGAGGACUAAGCCUCACGUCGCGGAAGGACUAGUUCCAAGUUAAUUUCAAACAGGCGUUGCUAGCGUCAGGAUGGCGUAGACAUUUUUUAGAGAGACGUUUUUUUCAUGCUAGUCACAUCGAGAAGUUUUGUAAUCCGCCUGAUUUAAGUCUUUUGUGAAGCCUUCUUUCAAGAGUGUCAUUAAAGAUAACGUCGCCAUAACAUCAUUACUGGCUGGUAGUUGCACGUGCGACUGGGUCAAAACUCAUCCCUGCACAGUUCCAUGGUGCAUUUCGAUACAACAUUGACCCAGUCUCACGCGCAACCUUAAUAUGGCCAAUAAUAACAAUAGGUAAUUUAUUACUUUUGCUUAAACGCAUACAGCAAGUUUGCGAUAUCUGUUGUAGGCUACUUGUGCAUCUUUUUGUCUUGUCCUCCUUGCCUUUUUAUUUCAGAAGUUGAGGUCUGAUCCAAGACAUUCCGAAGUUGGUUUUAAAGUUGGAAUGGUUAUGAGGCACAAGUUGUAAGUAUGAAGGCUCGUUUUUGAAGGCGAUCACACAUUUUUAUCAAGUGUAAAGUACCGAGUGACUUCACAAUUACUUAAAUACUGACUAGUUCAACUACGUUAGUAUUGAGUAAUGCUUAAUGUUUUGGAUUUUUAUUUGCCAUUCUACAGUAAAACUACUAUGUGCGACCACCUCGCGUAAGCCAAUCUACCUUAAGCACCUCUCCAAAACACAAACAUUUUGCCAGUCAAAGCCCUUAGUAGUUACAUACAAUGCCUUGUAUGCUGUUUAUUCAGGUACAAUUAUGGCUGUGUCAUAUACGGUUGGGAUCCUGUUUGUAAAAUGGACGAGUUAUGGAUUCGACAAAUGGGUGUAGAUAACUCUCCUGGUGGUCGGAACCAGCCAUUUUACAAUGUGCUUGGGGAUGAUGGCUCCCGAAGAUAUGCAGCACAUAGUAAGUCAUUUGCUUUAUUCGCCACUUUAGGAACGAAAAGGAAACUGAGUAGAGUUAACUUUCGCAAAGACUUCUGGGACUGUUACGAAGGAUUGGUCCACAACUGAUUGGCGCAUCCCCAUGACAAUCCCAGAAAUCUUUGCGAAAGCUAACUCGGAUCAGUUUUCUUCUCUUUUGUAAACAAACGAAAGACUGCCCCCCGUUCUUCAGAUAACAGCCAAAUUGACCUAAGACUAAUCUUCUCAUAGUUCCCAAAGUAUUCACGAGCUUUUAAAACACUGACCGAACUUACGAGUCUUCUUUGUAAUUAAAAUGAGUAGUGAGUGAUGAGCCUUCUCCUCUGUUAGUAACGCCUGCUUACAUAUGUUGCGAGAACGACUUUGUGUAUUAGUUCGAUACAUGUGCUAGUGAAAUAAAUUUUAUCAGUUCAUCUUUCCGUCGCUCCCCGCACAGGAAGAAAUUUUCUCGCUUUGAUCGAAUGUCCUUUUGUCGUACAGAAAUUCCCCUAUGCAUGUUCUUUAGACAGGGGAACAAUGCUCGCACCAGGCUUAAGCGUGGAGAUUAAUAUCCUUUAAAGUUUUUCUUUGUAACUUUUACGAAAAUGUUUUGUUGUAAAGAACAUUUGUUGCGAAGGAGCAUUGCACUCGCGAUUUUGUUAGCAAUUUUUCUCGCGACAGUGCGGCAUUGAAGGUUGAACAGAAAAGACUGUUCCACGUAGCAGCACCUUAAAUGCCAUUCAUUUCUUCGCUUGCAGCGAACUUGAGAGAAGACCCCCAGCAGCCGUUUAAUCCACAUCCAGAACUGGGAAAGUACUUCAAAGGUUUUACAGGGACACGGUACAUACCCAAUGAAAGCCUUCAGCAAGAAUACCCCGAGGAUGUGUUCAAUGAGGAGGAUCCACAAAUAUGUUAA